UAUUUUAAUUUCCAUAAAUUAAUCUGUAGAUUCCAAUUUAUGGUUUUUCUCAUUUUAAUUCCUCUUUUGUCAUUUUCCUCUCUUCUUCCUCUUUUAUAACACAAAAAAACAUUCCCAACUCCAUAUUGUUUGAAUUGGAUCAUCGUUUUCUUUGUGCCACCGUUACUCCGCAGAAACAAAUAAGGACGAUGGCUGGUUUACAAAGGUCUGCGGCGUCGUUUAGAAGGCAAGGAUCGUCGGGAUUAGUAUGGGAUGACAAGUUCUUAUCCGGCGAGUUGAAGCGUCAUACGAGACAUAAAGAAGCGGCAGAUAAAGACGAUAACAAGGGAGAGUUAAGGCUGUCACAAAGCGUGAUGAUGCAGCGUAGUCGAUCAGAAGGUGGAGGUGGAGGAAGAACUUAUCGGACUGCUAAGGUCCCAUCACCCAACAGGGACCCUCCGUCUCCCAAAGUGUCCGGGUGCUGUGGCUUUUUCGGUAAACCUGAGGCAACCCGUAAACCCCGGAAACCCAAUAAGCGUAAGUCAUGAUCGCACAUAAUGCUUUGUACAUGAUUUUAAGUUAAAGAUGAUGAAUACCAUGUGUGAGUUUGGUUUCUAUUUGGGAUUUUUGCUCUCUCUAUAAUAUAUAUAUUUGAGAAUUUAGAUGUAUGUAUAUUUACAACUUACAGGAUUCUACCGCAGCAUGCACAAACCAAACAACCACGUUUGGUUCUUUUACA